AUGGCGCCCAACGAAGCCACCAUACUGCAAAACUAUUUGUUGUUACCGGCCCGGCUUCCUGCCAUCCUGUCGCUGCAAGAAUUCACCGCGUACUUUCCGAAGUCGCAACAGUCUUCUCCCCAGAUCCGUGCGCUCUAUCGUGAUCUACAGCAGCAGCGCAAUGCCGUGGUAGACCUGGUCGGCAGCAACAUAGACAGCGAAGUCAAGCGGGGCAAGGCAUUGCGCCGGGCGGUUGCCCAAGCAAGACACGAAGCGGAACUCGACGACGACAUAGACGACGAGAUAGAAAUCGAGAGGAAUCUCUUCGGACCUACUUCGAAUACGAUCCAACCGAGGAAACAUGACUUGCGCACAAUCCUUCCUGAGAUGCACCUUGCGGCGGCGGACAUGGAGCAGCAAGUGCAGAGACUUGAAGAAGAGGAAGCGGCACUCCUAGAGUCCGUCAAGCAGACCGUCGGCAGCAUGAGCGAUCUACGAUACGGACGGCUAGCGAAUCCCAAGCUCAGGAACGAGGUCAUCGAUGGCCUCAAAGAUUUUCAGCAAGUCUGCAAGCGGAAGGGCUGA